AUGUAUCAACUUCUUUCUUUCUUCCUCCUUUCUUUAUUUCUCUCUUUCUUUCUUAAUCAUUUCCUUUUCUAUCAAUCUUUCUUCUUCCCUCAAAAUUUCUUUUUUUUUCAUUUUUUUCUCUGUUUCUUCCCUCAAAAUGUUUUAUCAACUUUCUUUUUUUCUUCCUCCCCUUUCUUCCCUUUCUCUCUUUCUUUCUUAAUCAUUUCCUUUCUAUCCAAAUCUUUGUCAUUCCCUCAAAAUUUCUGUUUUUUUUUUUUUGCUCUGUUUCUUGCCCAAUGUAUCAACAUUUCUUUCUUUCUUCCUCCCCUUUCUUUAUUUCUCUCUUUCUUUCUUAAUCAUUUCCUUUCUAUCCAAAUCUUUGUCCUUCCCUCAAAUUUCUGUUUUUUUUCUGUUUUUUUUUUUUUCUUUUGCUCUGUUUCUUUCUUAAUCAUUUCCUUUCUUUCUUUCUUCCUCAAAAUUUCUUUCUGUUUUUAUUUCUCUCUUUCUUUUUCUUAA